AAGCAUAAUCCUUCAAACCUAAACCUACCAAGCCUUCGCUACCCCAGGCCACAGCCACCUCCCUGUCCCUCGCCAUCGCACCACCUCGCCGCCUUCCAGUGCUCCCCUGCGUCCGCCGCUUCUUCGAUGGCUGACGAGGAAGCAAAACCCCUUACAUAUAUACCAGAGAUAGUAUUGAAGAAAAGAAAAAGUAAUGAAGAGUGGGCACUCAGAAGGAGGGAGCAACUGGAGCAGAGGAGAUGGAAAGCUAAGGAGGACAGGAAGUUUGCUUUUAAAAGGGCUGAGCAGUUUGUAGAUGAGUAUCGGAAAAAAGAGGUGGAUCUCAUUCAAAUGAAGCAUAGGAAAAAGAGGCAAAGACGGGCACAACAGAUAUCAGAAUCCAAACUACUUUUCAUCAUUCGAUUACGAGGCAAAAAUGACAUGCAUCCAAAAACGAGGAAGAUCUUACACUUGCUGAGAUUAAGGAAAAUCUACAGUGGCUGCUUUGUGCGGGCAACUGAAGGGAUGAUGGAAAUGCUGCGAAUUGUGGAGCCUUACAUUACAUAUGGGUAUCCUAAUCUCAAGUCUGUGAGAGAGCUGAUUUAUAAGAAGGGUUUUGCAAAUAUUGACAAGCAGAGUUUUCCACUAACAGACAAUAACAUUAUUGAACAGGCAAUGGGGAAAUAUGGUAUCAUAUGCAUAGAAGAUAUCGUAAAUGAAAUUGCAAAUGUUGGUCCAUAUUUUAAAGAGGUUACCCAUUUUUUGUGGCCUUUCACACUAAACAAGCCAGAAGGGGCAUUGCACGGAAAGAAGAUGCUCUACAAGGAAGGAGGAGACACAGGAAACCGCGAGGAUCACAUCAAUGAGUUAAUUAGUAAGAUGAACUAGUGAUUAGACUUUGUAAUGAGUUAAUUAGUAAGAUGAACUCGUGAUAAGACUUUGAGUAAGAACAAAGUUGCUUUGUUUCCUUUGCACACAUUUGAACCUUGGUGAGCUUCAGUGUCAUGUGCCCUAAUUUUGAGUCAACAGUUUAUCAAGAUUUUGUUUACUGAA